UAUUUUUCUAUUCCACUCUUUUUUUGGUUUUUCUUUCAUCGGAAGCGUGCAGUCUCUGCAAUUUCUGAAAAUAUCUAGGGUUUUCCUGCAUCUCGGUCCGGUGUGAUCGGAGAGAUUUUGGUAAUAGAAUGGCCGGAUGGAGGGGAUCUAGAGGCGGCGGCGACCGGGCGGGAGAGCACAUCUCUUCGUCUCGAUCUAUUCGUCUCGGAAAGGUCCAGCCGCAGGCGCCAGGUCAUAGGACGGUGUUUUGUAAUGAUCGUGAAGCCAACGCCCUCGCAAGAUUCAAGGGUAAUUCUGUAUCAACAACGAAGUAUGAUGUCAUUACAUUUUUACCUAAGGGGCUAUUUGAGCAGUUCAGGCGGGUGGCGAACCUUUAUUUUCUCAUGAUCUCAAUCUUGUCAUGCACCCCGGUCAGUCCUGUAAGUCCAGUUACAAAUGUGCUUCCGCUGGCACUGGUGCUUCUUGUGUCUCUCAUAAAGGAAGCAUGGGAGGACUGGAAACGGUUUCAAAAUGACAUGGCGAUCAAUAAUUCAACCGUUGAAGUGUUGCAAGAUCAGAAGUGGGUAUUUACCCCUUGGAAGAAGCUGCAGGUUGGAGAUAUUGUCAAAGUAAAGCAGGAUGGAUUCUUUCCAGCUGAUUUACUAUUCCUUGCCAGCACAAACCCUGAUGGUGUCUGCUACAUUGAGACCGCAAAUCUGGAUGGUGAAACUAAUUUGAAGAUACGGAAAGCAUUGGAAAAGACUUGGGAUUAUGUGGCCCCAGAGAAAGUUUCUGAAUUCAAAGGAGAAGUACAAUGUGAGCAACCAAAUAAUUCGCUGUACACCUUUACUGGCAACUUGAUCAUCAGUAAACAAACUUUGCCUCUCAGUCCAAAUCAACUUCUACUGCGGGGGUGUAGUCUGAGAAACACUGAUUACAUUGUUGGUGCUGUCAUUUUUACUGGGCAUGAGACAAAGGUUAUGAUGAACUCUAUGAAAAUUCCUUCCAAAAGAAGCACAUUGGAAAAGAAACUUGACAAGCUUAUUCUUACCCUUUUUACUGUUCUUUUCUGCAUGUGUCUCUUGGGUGCCAUUGGCAGUGGGAUAUUCAUAAACCGGAAGUACUAUUAUUUGCGGUUUGACAAAUCAGAGAAACAGUUUGAUCCUGACAACAGAGUUGUGGUUGGGAUCUUGACAUUUUUUACACUUAUAACUCUCUAUUCACCAAUCAUUCCCAUCUCCCUCUAUGUUUCUGUCGAGAUGAUCAAAUUUAUUCAAUCCACUCAAUUCAUCAACAAUGACUUGCGCAUGUACCAUGCUGAGAGCAAUACCCCUGCAUUGGCACGAACAUCUAACUUAAAUGAGGAACUUGGACAGGUGGAGUAUAUUUUCUCUGACAAAACUGGCACUUUGACAAGAAACUUGAUGGAAUUUUUCAAAUGUUCGAUUGGAGGAGAGAUAUAUGGUACUGGUGUCAGUGAAAUAGAGAUGGGAACAGCUCAAAGGACUGGAGUAAAAGUUGAGGUUCAGAAGCAGUCCAACGUAGUGCGUGAAAAGGGUUUCAACUUCGAUGAUGCACGUCUUAUGAGGGGUGCUUGGAGGAAUGAACCUAAUUCUGACUCUUGCAAAGAAUUCUUUAGGUGCCUUGCAAUAUGUCAUACUGUGCUUCCUGAAGGCGAGGAGACCCCUGAAAAGAUUCGUUAUCAAGCUGCAUCCCCUGAUGAGGCUGCUUUAGUUACUGCAGCAAAAAAUUUUGGCUUCUUUUUCUACAAACGUUCACCCACAACAAUUUCUGUUCGUGAGUCACAUGUUGAUAAGAUGGGAAAGGUUCAGGAUGUUCAAUAUGAAAUUUUGAAUGUCCUUGAGUUUAACAGCACGAGGAAGCGCCAAUCUGUUGUAUGUCGCUAUCCAGAUGGUAGACUUGUGCUCUACUGCAAGGGUGCGGAUACAGUAAUAUAUGAAAGGUUGGCGGAUCAUGGCAAUGAGUUGAAAAGUGCAACUAGGGAGCACUUGGAGCAAUUUGGAGCUUCUGGACUGCGUACUCUUUGCCUGGCUUAUAGAAAUCUGAGUCCUGAUGUAUACGAAAAUUGGAAUGAUAGAUACAUUCAGGCAAAAUCUGCUCUCAAUGAUAGGGAGAAGAAAUUGGACGAGGUUGCAGAACUUAUUGAGAAGGAUCUUAUUUUGAUUGGAGCUACUGCUAUUGAAGACAAGCUUCAGGAAGGAGUGCCUGCAUGCAUAGAGACCCUCUCUCGAGCUGGAAUUAAGAUUUGGGUGCUAACCGGAGACAAAAUGGAAACAGCAAUAAAUAUUGCUUAUGCAUGCAAGUUAAUAAAUAACAACAUGAAGCAAUUUAUAAUCAGCUGCGAAACUGAUGUUAUUAGAGAAGUUGAAGAUAAGGGUGAUCCUGUGGAGCUCGCUCGCUUUAUGAAAGAAACAGUGAAGAAUGAGCUAAAAAAAUGUCAGGAGGAAGCACAACAGUAUCUUCAUUCUGUAUCCAGACCAAAAUUAGCACUUGUGAUUGAUGGGAAGUGUUUGAUGUAUGCAUUGGACCCCAGUCUACGGGUAACACUUCUGAAUGUGAGCUUGAAUUGCAGUGCAGUGGUUUGUUGUCGAGUUUCACCACUACAGAAGGCACAGGUUACCAGCCUAGUUAGAAAGGGUGCAAACAGGAUUACCCUUAGUAUUGGUGAUGGUGCUAAUGAUGUUAGCAUGAUUCAGGCUGCUCAUGUUGGUGUUGGAAUAAGUGGGCAGGAAGGUAUGCAAGCAGUGAUGGCCAGUGAUUUUGCCAUUGCACAAUUCCGCUUUCUGACAGAGUUACUCCUUGUGCAUGGUCGGUGGUCAUAUCUUAGAAUAUGCAAGGUUGUGACAUAUUUCUUCUACAAGAACUUGACAUUCACCCUCACUCAAUUUUGGUUCACCUUCCAAACUGGAUUUUCUGGUCAAAGGUUCUAUGAUGAUUGGUUUCAGUCUCUCUAUAAUGUAAUCUUUACAGCCCUGCCUGUGAUAAUUAUUGGACUUUUUGACAAGGAUGUUAAUGCUAGCCUUUCGAAGAAGUAUCCUGAGUUGUACAAGGAAGGAAUAAGAAAUGUCUUUUUCAAAUGGAGAGUUGUGGCAACAUGGGCUUUCUUUGCAAUUUAUCAGUCACUGGUUUUAUAUCAUCUUGUUGUUGCUUCAAGUAGCAGAGCCGUCAACUCAGCUGGAAAGAUGUUUGGUGUGUGGGAUGUUAGUACAAUGGCUUUCACUUGUGUUGUCAUCACUGUCAACUUGCGCCUGCUGAUGAUGUGUAACAAUAUUACUAGAUGGCAUCACAUCAGUGUUGGAGGAAGCAUAUUGGCAUGGUUCAUAUUUGUUUUCAUUUACUCGGGCUUCGUCUUACCGAAAGCGCAGGAGAAUAUCUAUUUCGUCAUUUAUGUCCUGAUGAGUACAUUUUAUUUCUACUUCACUCUUCUUCUUGUCCCUGUUGCAGCACUCUUUGGUGACUUUGUAUACCUGGGGGUUCAGCGCUGGUUCUUCCCGUAUGAUUACCAGAUCGUUCAGGAAAUUCACAGGCAUGAGGCAGAUAAUAGCAGGAUCGGAUUACUUGAAAUCGGAAACAAUGAUCUCACCCCAGAUGAGGCGCGGAGCUAUGCUAUAAUGCAACUUCCUGGACAGAAGUCAAGGCACACGGGUUUUGCUUUCGAUUCGCCUGGUUAUGAGUCCUUUUUUGCAUCACAGGCUGGUGUUUAUGUACCACAAAAAGCAUGGGAUGUGGCUAGGAGAGCCAGCAUGAAGAGUAGUUGGUCCAAGACGACACGAAAGAAUUGACCCAUACAUGUUUGUACAAAUUUUAUCGUUCUGUAUUUCUCUCCACCCUGGUUAGUUUCUAUAGCAUUUGUAGAAUCAAAAUGUAUCAUAUUCCACACUGUAGUAAUGAUUCUUUCUAGAAAGUUUUGUUUAAUCCUCAAAUAGACACCGUAGGAAUAGUGGCCUUAGCUCCAUGUUGUUCCAUUUUUUAAUUGUAUUUGGCCGAGUAAAUAGUUGUGAGGCUCAUCCCAGCUUGUAUUGCUACACACUAGGAGAUGUGAUUUUGCCCCAUUCUUUCUGUGGUGCUCAUUGCCUUGUUUCGAGCU